AUGUCAACCCUAAUUGAAAUCCCGUCCGAGGCCGAAUUCACCUCCUAUAUCACGUCCCUGCCCCCGACAACCCUCUCGAUCCUCUACUUCCACGCCCCCUGGGCCGCGCCCUGCGCGCAAAUGCGCGCCGUGCUCUCCGCCCUCGCAUCCCAAUACCCCGCCACCACGCCCCCAACAACCGCCUUCAUCAGCAUCGACGCCGAAGAACUCCCCGACAUCUCCGAAGACUACGACGUCACCGCCGUCCCCUUCGUUGUCCUCACCCGCAACGGCGAAGUCCUCGAAUCCAUCUCCGGUAGCGAAGCCACCCGCGUCCGUGACGCCGUCGAACGCCACGCCGGCUCGAAGGCCUCCGCCGGCGCCCCGGCCACAAUCCCCCCCACCGCUGACCGCAGUGCCCCGCGAGACCGGUCCCGCGACGGCUACCCAGCCGCCGGCUGGCGCUGCGAACGGGGAUGGGCUUACGCCGGAGCAGUCGAAGGAGGCGCUGGGACGCCGAGUGCGCCGCAGUGUGGGUUUAGCCGGCAGCUUGUGGGGAUUCUGCGCGAGAGGAGCGUUAAGUAUGGGUUCUUUAAUAUCUUGGCCGAUGAGGAUGUGAGGCAGGGGUUGAAGGAGUUUGCGGAUUGGCCUACGUUCCCGCAGUUGUGGGUUAGUGGGGAGUUGGUUGGAGGGUUGGAUAUUGUCAAGGAGGAGCUCGACAAUGAUCCUGAUUUCCUGCGUGACUUCUCUGUUAACAAGGCUCCUGCUGCCGCUUGA